CCUGCCGAGGCACGGUCUUCAGGAACCCUGUAUCACUGGGCCAAUGAAGAGAAUGCCGAAGACAACCGACAAAGCCGAUGACGAAAGUAAUUUUGACGCCAAUGACCCAACGUCAAAGCUCUCCGCUUCGUUCGAUGUUUUAUCACGGACGUUGGAGAAAAUGUCGACGGCCCCAACUUCUUCAACCUGCAUGCCACCUAUCCCGCCGCCGCAAGUGCAGCUUUAUCUCCGUCAUUUCCCAGCCAACCAACAUACAGCUGUGCUCGCCGGCCUGCUCUCGGGAGAGGCCUUUGAUAUUGUUGCGGACAGUAAAAUCUUGGAGAAAUAAGUAACAGCCGAGACUUUUCAGCCAUGUGCCGCUUAUUAGCCCGCCCCGGUAUACCUGCGCCCCUACGCAGGGCAUUCCAUGCACGCUACCAAUAUACGGGGGAAACCAUCCGUACGUAUGUUCGCGAGCUACAGAGGAUGGUCGAUACCGCAUACGAGAAGGAAACGGCAGUCGAACGCGAAAAUCUGGUCUUGGGGCAACUCCUAGAGGGCAUUCAAACGCCGUCUAUUAAAAGGGAGUUUCUGCGAUACGCUCCCCGCCGUUUGGACGCAGCGUUGGAAACAGGUGACCAAUUGGAAGAAAUAGACGCAGCGAUGGGUACGCCUAUAUCUGGCUGUUUUGCUUUAAGAGGGAACACACGACCCAGACGUGUCCAACCCGAAAGAAUGACUGGGAACCCUGGCCGUCUUCAGAGAUAUCCCGCCUCACGACGACCGGCACAAUCAGGUUUUCGGUGGCCCCGCAGACAAACGUCAUACGGCGGAUCAUCUCGCUCCAGGAACACGCCAGGUGAGCAUGCCAUGACAUCAGUUGUGAUACCAUCUCUUACCUGCAACUCGAUUGUAACGUCGUUAACACUAGAAUUAUCGAUAGCUGGGAUUUGCUUAUUGGGGCUAGUGGAUACUGGCGCAGCUAGAAGCCUAAUCAAGGCCAACGUGAGUAAGAGCUUCCUAAACUGUGUUAGAAAACCUUGUAACGCUCGCCUUACCGCGGCCAACGGACUACCACUAGUUGUUCGGAAUUCCAUCGUUGACCUCGUUGUUAUAGCCUGCACAACAUUUAACCAUGAAUUUAUCGUUGCUGACCGGAUACCGUUCGAUGUUAUUAUCAGAAUAGAUUUGUUGAGGAGGUUAAAAUGCCGAAUUGACCUGGAGAAGUCUCAACUAAUCACUGAUUCGUGCACCAUACUACUGAGACCAUGCAGCAACAGCAAUUUUGAGGAUUUUAAGUUAUAUGAGUGCAGUAUCAAAGAGCAACAAUGUGGAGACGACUUUAUUCGGUCGCUUGGGCUUUCAGCUGACACAUUAACACUGGCACAAUUAGCGCUUGUUCUACAAAAUUAAUCAGACGCCUUUGCAUGGAAAUCCGGCGAUUUGGAGCGGACCGGCCUGGUGAAACAUGCUAUUGACACUGGUGAGGAUUGUCCGAUCAAGGUGCCUCCGAGACGCAUUCCAAUCCACUGGCAGGGUGAGAUACAGAAGCUGAUAGAUGAGAUGUUAGAGAAUUACGUUAUCCAGCCCUCUAACUCCCCGUGGGCAUCUCCUGUUGUCCUGGUGAAGA